AGGAUGGAUCAGUAUGAGCUGAUGGAGCAGAUCGGGCGGGGAGCUUUUGGGGCUGCCAUUUUGGUGCAUCAUAAGGCGGAGAGGAAGAAGUAUGUGUUGAAGAAGAUCCGGCUUGCGAGACAGACGGAGCGGUGCCGGAGAUCUGCUCAUCAAGAGAUGGCUCUUAUUGCGCGGAUUCAGCAUCCCUACAUUGUCGAAUUUAAGGAAGCUUGGGUUGAGAAGGGUUGCUAUGUUUGCAUUGUCACUGGAUACUGUGAAGGUGGAGAUAUGGCCGAGUUGAUGAAGAAAGCCAAUGGGGUUUAUUUUCCUGAGGAGAAACUAUGCAGGUGGUUCACACAGCUACUAUUGGCAGUUGAAUACCUGCAUUCAAACUAUGUUCUACAUCGUGAUCUAAAAUGUUCCAAUAUAUUUCUUACUAAGGAUCAUGAUGUUCGUCUUGGGGAUUUUGGUCUUGCUAAAACUCUGAAGGCGGAUGACUUGGCUUCUUCGGUUGUGGGGACCCCCAAUUACAUGUGUCCCGAACUGCUUGCUGAUAUUCCAUAUGGCUUCAAAUCUGAUAUCUGGUCUUUAGGCUGCUGCAUAUAUGAGAUGGCCGCUUAUCGUCCAGCUUUCAAAGCUUUUGGUUUGAUAAGCAAGAUCAAUCGUUCCUCUAUAGGUCCUUUGCCUUCCUGCUAUUCUCCAUCGUUGAAAACACUAAUCAAAGGCAUGCUGAGAAAAAAUCCCGAGCAUCGGCCAAGUGCAACCGAGGUUUUGAAGCACCCUUAUUUGCAGCCUUAUGUUGAACAAUAUCGUCCGUCAUUUAUUACUCGAACAGCCUUCUCCCCGGAUAAGCCUAUCUCUGCAGCCCGUGAAUCUCGUAGACACAUGGCAGAAAGCCAAAGCAGUAAUGGUUCGAGCAGUGAUAAAGAUAGUUUGCGUUCAAUUGAGAAACACAUUCCAGAAAUGGAGUCAAACUGUGAUAAUAGAAAUACUGAGUCAUACUUGGUUUCCCUUGAUGAUGAAGAGGGCUGUGAGCAUGGUCUGAAUGUUUGCAACAUCAGAAUGGAAGAACAAGAGUCGACGAGACUUUCACAUCCUGAACAGAAAUCUAAUGUUGAAUUUCGGCAACCAAAAACCAUUAGGAAUAUAAUGAUUGCUCUGAAAGAAGGAAAAGUUCGGGAAAGUUCACCAAUGAGAAGUAAUCGUGCAAAGGUUGUUGCCCCCACCCAAAGAACUAACAUGGAAGCAGUGUCUAAAAUACCCAGGCUGACUGCUUUGUCUUCUGGUAUCAAGUCCAGUCCUGAGACACCAACUGUUCUUCCAUCAAAGCUACCUGUUGUUGAGUCUUCUCCAAAACCUAAACCCAGAAACGAUGGUACUCCUCCCCCUGUUCCUGUGAAACCAAUUAUUGAAGAUGGACUUCCUAAAGCUAGGCAAAGAACUCCUCCUACAAUGAUUAGACGCCCUUCCUUUCCUCCACGGAUGAAGCAAGUAGGGGUUGAUGCUCCGAAUGCAGUGAGCACUGUUCCUAAGGUAGGUUCAAGAGAGAUCUCUCAGGAGCCUGAAACGAAUCCUCAAGUGCCCAAUGGUUGCCAAAUAAAAUUAUCUAGAGAGGUAAUGGAAGAGCCACAAAGAGAUCAAGAAAGAGGUUCAAAAGCAAUGCAAACUGACAGCAGCAAUUCUAUCUCCUCUUCUGUGUCUAUUCAAGCAUUUGAGAUUUGUGAUGAUGCAACGACUCCUUUUAUUGACAUGACAGAGAAGAUGAUUCCUGAUGUUGGUACUGUCAUCCGACCUGAGAGUAAAGAAUCUCCAUCAAGCAGCUCAGCUGCUACUCAAUGCCAUCCAGUGGUGUCUGAAACUGUGGAAAACACUGGGAAUGAUAAUAUAUCUAAAUGCUUAGCCGAAACAUCUAUGGCUAAUCUAGUUCUUCACCAUAAAACAGCUGAUGAUAAACAAAUCAGUUCAGCUGUCACUCUUGAUCCCCCAGUCGUAGUUUCUGAAGAGAGACUUAUUUGUAGAGUUCACACUCCUGUAAGCAGGCCAAGUAGUACCCCAGAAACAGUGGUCCAAUCAAAACUUACAUCUACGUCUAGUGGUCAUGACAAGUUCAUGGUGAGGGAACUUCUAUCCCCAGCAACAGAUACUACCCUCUCCACUGCUCCUCCCAACCAGAAAGGUUUUCCUGCAGAGAAAGGCACUAUUUUGCAAAAUCCAACAAUUGAAAUGCCAGCUGCUGCACAUCUUCCUCCAGCUUUUGAUGAUGUUAUACAUGUCAUACGCCAUAGUAGUUUCCGUGUUGGGAGUGACCAGCCUGUAAUGGAAACUGUAGAGAUGGGGGUUCAGAAUAUGGAUGUUGGUAAGCUGAUAAAUGUAGUAAGGGAUGAAAUGGAGAUGCGAAAUGCAAAUUCCCCUAUGGCUCUUAAAUCAUCAACUUGCUCUGAAACAGUAAGCCCAAAAUCAACUAAUUCUGAAAACAGUGGUGCCAAAGAAACUGAGAUUGCAAAUCCUGUUCCUUCAGCUCUGAACAAAUGUGACUCUGCUGAGCCAACAAAGCCUAGUCCUCCUAUCACCGAAGAAGAAGCACCAGAAAAGGAGAUCAUGGAUGUCAAGUCUUUUAGACAGAGGGCCGAGGCUCUUGAAGGACUGCUAGAAUUAUCAGCAGAUUUGCUGCAGAAUAAUAGAUUAGAGGAGCUCGCAGUUGUUUUGAAUCCGUUUGGGAAAGAUAAAUGCUCUCCAAGAGAGACAGCUAUCUGGUUAGCAAAGAGUCUUAAAGGUAUGAGGGCUGAGGAGGGCGGACGGAGUUCAUGAAGUGUCACAUCUACUGUAAGCUUUCGCAUCUUGAUAUUACUAGACACUGCAAUUCCAGUCUCAGAUUUUGCCACACCUUUUAACAAUUCAAAUCCCGUUUGAAUUCUAAAGAGAACAGCCAGGUGUUGAGUUUCUUCUAUUCAUUUUGUGAUUCUUUGAAUGCAUAUGUGGGGAUGCAUCCGGUUGUUGUACAUAGUGACAGUACGUAUAAUUACAUUGUCUUCUGGCCAAAUGUAUGAUAUGCUGAGCUUGCAGUCAAUGUUAGUAACGCAGAACUUGCUGACAGCUUUGUUCUUCUUCUGAAUAAGAUUCCAUAGAUAGUAUCUGCACGGAUGGAAAACUAUUCUA